AUCUUCAGCUAUGACGUUAACUAUUCCUUCGGAAUACUCUCCUCGCGACCUCACACGACAUAUACCCUUUCUCGUGAGAAGCCCAACCACGGUCUAUACAUCUACAGGCAAUAUCUCAUGCUGGCGCCUACGACAUCUAUAAUGCCGACGCGACGGCUGACGCGCUUCAUCGCCCUCGCCGCCCUCGUGCUCGUCACCAUCGCCGUCUUCUACAGCCCCCUCACCCCCCGCCGCCGCUAUCAAAUCCCCACAAGCCACUCAACCUGGCAAGCCGAGCUCGGUCCCGUCGACAACAAAGCAACCUCAUACAUCGCUGAAGCCACACCUGCCGAGCUCUGCGCGCCCUACCACUGGGAACCACACACCCCCAAGGACGGCAAGCGCAAGAUCUACGACCUCUUCCUCAUCAACGAUGAGUUAAACUGGCUCGAGAUCCGCCUCAACACCCUCAGCAAGCAAGUCGACUACUUCGUCGUCGUCGAGUCCCCCAAGACCUUCACCGGCCUCGACAAGCCCCUCCACCUCAAGGAAAACUGGGACCGCUUCGCCCCCUUCCACUCCCAAAUCAUCCACCACAUGCUCGACUCCGACCUCAACUCCACCAGGGCCUGGGAUCACGAAGACCUGCAGCGCAACGCCAUGUUCGACCAAGUCAUCCCCUUCCUCGAGGGCCCAAAGGCAAUCAAACCAGACGACGUCCUCGUCAUCUCCGACAUCGAUGAGAUUCCCCGCCCCCUCACCGCAACCCUCCUCCGCACCUGCGCCUUCCCCCGCCGCCUCACCCUCCGCUCAAAAUUCUACUACUACUCCUUCCAAUGGGAGCACCGCGGCCCGGAGUGGCAGCACCCGCAGGCAACCUUCUACACCGGGGAGACCACGCUGUCACCCUCGAACCUGCGCUCCGGUCGUGGAGGCAACCCGCUGACGCGCAUUGGCGAGUCCGCUGAUCUCUGGAACGCAGCGUGGCACUGCUCGUCCUGCUUUUCGCACAUCUCCACUCUCCUUAACAAACUUGCAAGCUUCUCCCACACAGAGUACAACCAGGAGAAAUACCGCGCCAAGGCGGGGAUCCUGCGCCGCGUCCGCAAUGGCCUCGAUCUAUUUGAUCGCUACUGGCAGACCUACGACCGCGUGGAGCGCAACGUCGAUGUGCCCAUGUACGUCAUGAACAACGUGACGCGUUUUGCGUAUCUGCUUGAUCGCGACCCGCCGAAUGCCAAUUUUGAGGAUGUGUCGGAGUUGGAUUUGUCGGUGCAGGAGAUUGGGGAGGCACAGAAGAAGAAGGGGGGCAAGAGGUGAAGAGGCGGAGAGGGGUAGAGAGGAGUAUACAGGUGACCUGCCCCAACAGGGGAGAGUCGGUUGACCCAAGAAGACCUCGCUCGGUUAACAAAAAAUCGCUCAGUUGACCGUCAACCCAACUAACCAAUAAAAACACUCAUUAAAAACAACGUAGCAAUUUGCACCUAUGUGCCUUAUGCAUCAAGUCAAAAUUGCUAAGAUAUAAGAGCAAUUUAGCAACUGUUACUGUCACACUUUUAGCGUGUAACAGGAACAUAUUUGCUAAGGCGUACCUAAUGCUAAGGUGCCUACUCUAGCCCCACGUGCCCAAAUAGGAAAGGGGACUGUCACACUAUGACAGAGCGAUUUCUAGCCUAGUAAAUUAGUAGUGUAUCGUAUGUAGUUAGCUAUAAUCAACAAUUUGAACAAC